AACUUUCCAAACUUUAGUACGCUGUCGAAUAACAGUGUUUGAAACUUGAUCCUGUACGAGCGGGCUAUGCCGAACAUUGCGCUUCAUGGCGACUCUCAGUUUGUAUACAGUUUCCUUGGUGAGCGUCCAUGUCUCGGCACCAUAGGAUCUAAGAAACCGAACGCUCUGAGAAACACUCAUUGGUCCAGGCACUGUGUAGUAUAAGUCGAUUUCAAUAUGUCAUCCAUUCUGCUGUUAAAUCUAGAUAAAAUACUCAAUAUUAAGGGUAAAAGUGAUGUCAGAGUGUCCCUAUAGAAUAAUUCUGGAGUGGCAUCUCAUAUAGUGAAAUAAUUAGUAGCUUUGCCUUGGAAGAUCACGAACGUGAUUGCGCUGAGUAGACGAAAUAAUAUUGAUACAAUAAAUUAUAAUUUCUAUAUCCUUAUACGUCCACAAGGGUCGUGGAAUUAUUUAAAAAAAAUAAUAAGAAAAAUUAGAAGAACGAGUUAAGACACGAUCUUUCAAAUUAUUAUAUUACUUCGCAGUAAAUUGUCAGUUCAGUUAACGAUACUCUGUGUUCGUGAGAGGGUCAAAGUAUAUCGCAGUCAAGAUGGUAAAGCUACUAUUUCCCCUUCUGGCUAUAUCAACUGCUGUGGUGUGCUACAUAUACUUCCGACCCCCUCCUCCCCUUCCAGAACUGGACUAUAGUAAAUGGUGGGGACCUACUGAGAGGCAGGCGAGGCAGGAUAGAAGCGUAAGACCUUUCAACGUUAGCUUUAGCAAAGAGAUGAUACAAGACCUAAAAUGGCGUCUACAAAACCACCAACCCUUUACUCCUCCUCUAGAAGGGGUAGCUUUUGAAUACGGCUUUAAUACCGACACUCUACAACCCUGGUUGGAUUACUGGGCUGAUAGGUACCCAUUUGAGGAGAGGCAGGAGUUUUUGAACAAAUACCCACAUUACAAGACUAAUAUACAAGGGUUGGAUAUACAUUUCAUCAGAGUCAAGCCGAAGGUAUCUUUUGGAGUCCAGUUAGUCCCAAUGCUCCUAUGCCACGGCUGGCCUGGUUCUGUCAGAGAGUUUUACGAAGCGAUCCCAUUUCUGACUGCCAUCAGUAACGACAGGAAUUUCGCGCUAGAUCUUAUUAUACCCAGCAUGCCUGGUUAUGGGUUUUCUGACGCUGCAGUUCGCCCUGGCCUCGGAGCCGUGGAAAUAGCAAUCGUCUUCAAAAAUCUGAUGAGGAGGCUGGGCUUCCAGAAGUUCUAUUUCCAGGGGGGCGACUGGGGUGCCUUUGUUGGUUCUAGCAUGGUCACCUUGUUCCCUGAGGAUAUUUUAGGAUACCACACAAACAUGGUCUUCUCAACAGCUCCUACGGUAUCUGCACUGACGGCUAUAGGGUCUAUCUACACCCCAUUGAUAGUAGAAGACAAAUACGCAGAUCGUUUGUAUCCAUACUUCAUGAAAUUCCUGCCAAAUAUAGUUCAAGAGACUGGAUAUCUGCAUUUACAAGCGACGAAACCUGAUACUGUAGGUGUGGCCCUAAGUGACUCCCCUGCGGCACUCCUAGCAUAUAUUCUAGAGAAAUUCUCAACGUACACUAACAUGGACAACAGAUAUUUAGCAGACGGUGGUUUAGAGAAAUUCUACACUAAAGAUCAGCUGAUUGAUAACCUCAUGCUGUACUGGUCCACUAACACCAUCACCACUUCGAUGAGAUUGUACGCUGAGACGUUUAAUAAAAGGGUUGCGGAUAUGAGACUUGAUGAGAUACCAACCCCAGUACCAACCUGGGCUCUUCAAGCUAGACACGAGCUAUCCUUCCUUCCACCCUGGAUGAUAAGGUUUAAGUAUCCUAACCUACUCAAUGCCACCAUGUUGGAUGACGGCGGUCAUUUUGUGGCCUUGGAGAUGCCUGAAGUAUUCGCAAAUGACGUUCUAAAUGCUGUUAAAGCUUUUAGAGAUUAUCAUCAUAGCAAUCUUGAGGUUUAGUGAUGUUUCGUUUAGAAAUAAAUGUUUUUAAAAGA